CGGGGCGGCCGGCUUCUUUUCGCUUUACUACACAGAACUCUUUUUGCUUAAGGUUCUCUCGGGCCUCGGCCUGAGGUAGCGCCUCGAUCCGGAAGUCCUUCCGGGAGUUUUUUUUUCCUUUUCCACACGUGGUGGUGGUGGUGGGGUCUUCGGAAGGCGAAUUGACUCCCCCCCCCCCGAGGCGGAAAAUGAGGGUGAAGGUUCUGAGCAGGAACCCGGACGACUAUGUGCGCGAAACCAAGCAGGACAUUCAGCGGGUUCCACGAAAUUACGAUCCUGCGUUACACCCAUUUGAAAUUCCACGGGAAUACACAAGGGCGCUAAAUGCAACUAAAUUAGAUCGUAUAUUUGCGAAACCUUUUCUUGCAUCGUUAGAUGGUCAUCGGGAUGGAGUUAAUUGCAUGGCUAAACAUCCAGAGAGCUUGUCUACAGUUCUGUCUGGAGCAUGUGAUGGAGAGGUUAGAAUCUGGAACUUGAUGAAGCGUGUAUGCAUCCGUACAUUGCAAGCACAUGAAGGCUUUGUAAGAGGAAUGUGUACCCGUUUUUGUGGCACCUCUUUCUUCACUGUGGGUGAUGAUAAAACAGUGAAGCAGUGGAAAAUGGAGGCACCAGCUUAUGGGGAAGCAGAAGAACCAAUAAAUACCAUUCUUGGAAAGACAGUGUACACUGGAAUUGAUCAUCAUUGGAAGAAACCUAUAUUUGCUACUUGUGGUCAUCAGAUUGAUAUCUGGGAUGAGCAGAGAACUAGUCCUAUAUGCUCUUUGACUUGGGGAAUCGAUAGCAUAAACAGUGUUAAAUUCAAUCCAAUUGAGAUGAAUCUUUUGGGAAGCUGUACUUCAGACAGAAAUAUUGUGCUGUAUGAUAUGAGACAAUCAACUGCCCUAAAGAAGGUUAUUUUGGAUAUGAGAACAAAUACACUUUGCUGGAAUCCUAUGGAAGCUUUCAUUUUUACUGCAGCAAAUGAGGAUUACAACUUAUAUACUUUUGAUAUGCGAUUCCUUGGCAAGGCUUUAAUGGUUCAUAUGGACCACGUGUCUGCAGUCCUGGAUGUGGAUUACUCCCCUACAGGAAAAGAAUUUGUGUCUGCCAGCUUUGAUAAAUCUAUUCGCAUUUUUCCUGCAGAUAAAGGUCAUAGCAGGGAGAUUUAUCACACAAAGAGAAUGCAACAUGUCAUCACUGUCAAAUGGACAUCAGACAAUAAAUACAUUUUGUGUGGCUCUGAUGAAAUGAACAUUCGUUUGUGGAAAGCAAAUGCUUCUGAAAAGCUGGGUGUGCUUGCUCCUCGAGAGAGAGCUGCUAUUAACUAUAAUCAGAAAUUGAAAGAAAAAUUCCAGCACCAUCCCCAGAUCAAACGUAUAAAUCGCCAUCGUCACUUACCAAAGAUGAUUUAUAGCCAAGCCAAAGAGCUACGCAUCAUGAAAGAAGCUCGUCGACGAAAGGAAGUGAACCGUCGUAAACAUAGCAAGCCUGGAUCUGUACCACUUGUGUCAGAAAAGCAGAAACACAUUAUGGCUGUAGUAAAAUAAUCAUAUAUAAAAUUACUAGGGAUACUAAAUUCCUAUGGACAUGUUUUAUAUGUGAGAUAUAUUUCUUUGUUACAAGAUAUAAUGUAAUGCUUUUUGAUAUUAUGAAAAUAAUAAAUUGAGACUGUAGUUGC